AAACUCAUAUCCUAUUUAAAGUAUAUCUUUUAUCUGAAUUGUCUGGGGCAAGAUGCGGGCUUUAAAAACAGGCUAAUAAGCUAUUAUUUCCGUCGAGAUUAUACUAAUAUAAUUAAUAGUAUGUAUCCUAAUUAUAUUAUUAAUUUUCUCGAGGCUAAUAGCUAUUUUAGGUAA